CCAUUGGAAGAGGAUCAGUUGCAGUCCUGACACCUUCAGUUCAAUAUCAGUGCCGAGUAUAAUCCUUUAAGAGUACCCACCAUGCCAGACGGUGAAGGUGCGCUACAGGAGCUUCGUCAAUACUGGGAAUUUGCGGCAGUCUGUCAAUUUUUGCACUUGUUUCACCACGCGCUGCGUCUGUCGGAAUUUAGCAGCGAUGAGCUUGAAAUUCAUCUGACUACAUGUCCAGUCGAGGAAAAACUCAUCGAUUUGCACGUCAGGCUACUGAAAUCCUUAGUCGGUCCAUUGGCAGCACGGCAAAUCAGUACUGAGAAUUGGCAGACAUAUUUACAAAAGGAAUUUGCAAAGACCCACGCUCACAGCGACAUCUUUGCCCAGGGGGUCGACUAUGUUGACCUUCCGUUGCGUAGCAAGGUUCUCGUUCUCCACUCUUUGUGCGAGCGACAGUUCGAUAACGCCGAGAGAUUCCGAGCAUCGCUUAAUACUGAAGAAGAGACGGAAUGGCGCGUAGAGCAUGUUGGCUCUGACGCGAAAGGGAACGUGUACUGGCUUUUUGAUGACAAUAGGCUUUAUAAGGAAGCACCAGCACCCACUAUUGGUAAAUCUCGUAAUCAAAAGAAAGGGAAAUUGAAAUCGGGUAAUAAGAAUGACUUACCUUGGGAGUUGAUAUGUUCAAGCAUGGAGGAGUGGCAAUCAUUCCCAGAAAGAUUCAAGAAGUCUAGAAGCGCCGUGGAAAAAGAGUUCUAUCUGUUCCUAAUAGAAGAUGCGCUUCCGAAAGUGCUUGCGGAUCUCGAGAAUAAGGAAAAGCAGAGACGUGUACAGGAAGCAAUGAACAAUCGCAAAAGAUCAUCACGAUUACAAGUCAGAGAGUUAGAGAAAAUGGAACAAGAAAGGCAGGAGCAGCUUAUACGGGAGCAACGGGAGCAAGAAAGAUCGCGAAGGAGCCAGCUAGACAGAAAGCAGCGAGAAGAACUAGAGAGGCAACGAAGAAUUGAAGCACGCGAGCAACGUAUUAUGGAGCGAGAGGCACGCUUGCAUGGAUUGCGUGAAGACAAAGGCCAUGUUAUAAAUCCGUCGGACGAGGACGCGUGUGCGCGAGAGCAAACCACGUCUCAACCAGCAACCCGCCGCAAGAGGAAAAGGCACGAUGAAUUCGAAGAGCGAUGGUAUUUUGAUUGUGUCUGCGGCGUUCAUGGAGACAAUCUUGACGAUGGAACUCCGAUGAUUGCCUGUGGAAAAUGUGGCGUUUGGCAGCACAUUGGAUGUCUUGCGCAAGCCCCUGGUGCCAAAGCAGAUGAUGUAGACAUUCAGAAGUGGGAAGCACUGGACUAUGUCUGCAAUAGAUGUGCGCGCCACGGAAACCAAGAGAGAGCGCGAGUUGUAUCGCACAACGCAGGAAUUUCGAGCCGAGGAAGCGAUAUUCAUGAGGUUGGUCCACAAGCCGGUCGAGGCAAUCCAAUUGGGUCUAUAGGCAAUGGUGUGGCGAGUUCGGUGGGACACAACCGUGCAAAAACGUCGGCAAUGGCAGGUCAUCCAAAUUGGAUAUCAAACUACGUGCAUUCUCCAAAAGGGGUUGUUGCACGGACGGCCGCGGGACCUGGUCCCGACGAAGCACCUUCCUCUGUGACACCAUUCGUCAACACUGCCCUUCACCCCUCACUAGAGUCAAUGGCCCUCCCGCAUCCCGCAUCACCAGCUUACUAUCAACCCUAUUCUGCUACCGCGGUGCUCCCAUCUGGUGUAGCCCCUCCCGCGCACAAGGCCAUUACUGCUAGUGUUGCAACGUCCGGGACAGAUACCGCGUCCGCCGCUGCAUUUCUAGCGAGUCUAGCUGCUGGAUAUAAGCCGCGACCAGGGCCGGCAGCCGUUGAAAGCUUUCCAGCGCCUGUAUCGCUUGUGCCCGCCCAGCAACCGGGACCCCCUCUUUCUUCGAAUCUAAUAGGGUCAACAGAGUGUGCGACCCCCUUCUUGCGACCCGGAGGCGUGUCAUCCGAUUCUGAAAUGAAACAAAACGGUCUACCUGUGAGCACAACAGAACAAGGGAAGCCGUUGUAAAUAAUAUAUAACUUCUGAAUAAAGUACUUAUAAAAGGGCCAAAGCCA